AUGUCGGUCGUCGCACCUGCGCCGUUGCCCAGCGGCAGCCGGGAGAUCGCGGCUGAGGCCAGUCCAGAACAGAGUCCCUCCAGCUUCACCGCGGUUAACGGCAGAGAUCGCUCGGGCUCGCUCAUGAACGGGCAGCAGGCUGACAUGCGUCCGUCGCCCUCUCGCGACGAGAGUAGCAGCAACAACAACAACGCCGGCGCCGGCAACAACAGUACCAGCAGUACCAGUAAUACCACCAGCAGCAGCAACGGUAAUGCCAGUGGGAACAGCAGCGGGAACAACGGCGGCACUGCCAGCGCUGCCGCCAGCAACGGCGCCAACUUGCCUCUCUCGGAUAAGCCAGCAAGCGCGGACGGGUCUCGUGACUCGCCGGUUGAUCACGCCGAUGCCUCAGCUCAGGACAACACCGCGACUGCCGCUGCCGCUGCCACUGCCUCGGCCGUCGCCGCCGCCGCCAGCAAUACAAACAGUGCCAACAACAGCAGCAAUGCUGCUGCGUCAAACAAGCGCAAGCGAUCCAGCAUAGACAGCCACCACGCUGACCUUGUGCGGAGCCCUCCCGGCCCGCUGCCGGCUGACCAUCCUCACUCACAACCACCGCCGCCGGCCGCAAAUGGCAAUUCGGAACAUCCUCCUCACCAUCAUCACCACCAGCAACAGCAGCAACAGCAGCAACAACAACCAUAUACCAGUGUUGAACGCCCAGACGAGGCCAGGCCAGGCACCAGCAAUGUCGCCUGGGACUACGAGAUGAACAACUCGCAACGACACUCCAAGCCGCAGCAGCACAUGGAUGCAUCCGACGCUCAGCUCGCCGAGGCUCUGCAGCGCGAGGUCCAGAGCGAGACCCCUUCCGAGAAUGCCUCCACCAUGGAGAUGCAAGGUGGCGGCUCGUCGGCUCACAACAUGCAGAGCCAGUCUCCCAGCGGCUCCCAGGUCGCGCCAAAGCGAAAGAGAGUCUUCAGCAACCGCACCAAGACCGGAUGCAUGACUUGCCGACGAAGGAAGAAGAAGUGCGACGAACAACAUCCGUCUUGCAACAAUUGCAUCCGCGGCGGUUUCCCUUGCGAAGGAUACUCGGUCCGUAGCACCUGGCAGAAACCAUCCCAGGCCAAAGGCCCCAUCCCGCUCCAGUCCAAGGACCGAUAUCCUGAACCACCGAGCAUGUACAUGCAGGACAUGAGCCCCCAACGCCAUGAUUCCCGAAUAGGCGGCCCCAUGCUUCCCGACGGAAGCAAGGCCAGGCCGGUCUCGGUCGAAGAGAGCGAACGAGCUCAGGCUUACAUGACCAGCCCCAACAGCUCUGUUGCUCGCGUGGCAUGGCAGAAGGGCUCAUGGCAGGCUGCCAACCACCAUAUGAUGCAGGACUCGGGUCCCAAAAUGGAGUACCGAGACGGACCCGUCAUGGCUGACAUGUCGCGUCCCGAACCGCCAAAGUCAGACUACCACCACUCACACGCUAACAACGCCAGCACCAACAAUAAUAACAAUAACAACAGUCCCGCUAACAAUGGCUCCGGAAACAACGCGCACCAAAAACCUGGACUCCCCGUGUUCCAGCCAAACAUGGAGCCGCGUCCCAACCACGCUCCUCCUCGAGUCGACCCGGGUAACUACCCCACCCAGGCCCGCCUCGCCCUCAGCAGCAUGGAGCCCCAUGUCCCCUUUGAGGGUCCCACGGAGAAAUCCGAAAAGGAAAAGAUGCUUAGCGGCGAACAGUACCGCCCAUUCGACCCCGAACUCGUCCGCGAUCGUGAACAGUGCAAGUCUGCUCUCUGGCGCUUCACCAACGCUGGUAACCCUCUCUACGGCAUCAGCUCUGCAGAGAAGACCCGUCUGCUCACCCAGAUCCUCCAACCGCCGCCCAUUGAACCAUCACCAGACGCUCCUCCACCAUCAACCAGCACUCCAACCGGCUCCCUCGGCCCAGGCGCUGUGCUCGAGUCGCCCUUCAACUGCCACUACGGCUACAACAUCAAUAUUGGCGAGGACGUGCUCAUCUCCGAAAAUUGCUUCUUCGCCGAUGACUGCUCCAUCAACAUCGGCGCCCACACCUGGAUCGGCCCCAACGUCACCAUUCUCAGUUCAAUGGCUAUCGGCAGCAUGCAGGAACGCAAGGGCUCCCAGUCAAGGUACCAGGGCCGUCCCGUCGUCAUCGCCGAAGACUGCUGGAUCGGCGCCGGAUGCACCAUUCUUCCCGGCGUUACGCUCGGACGUGGCGCCUACAUUGCCCCUGGCGAGGUGGUCCGUUCGCAGAUUCUGCCCUAUGGCUUCCAAGGGUUGAAGCCAAACUACCCUUAA